GAAAGUAAACUGAUUAUCCUAGCAUCUGGUGGGCCUGCUGAGCUUGUGCGCAUCAUGAGAAGUUAUACCUACGAGAAACUCCUCUUCACAACCAGUCGUGUGCUUAAAGUACUGUCCGUGGAUACUGAUAACAAGCAGGCUAUUGUAGAGGUAAGAAAUAGUAGUUUUUUUUCAGCUUUGUUUUUUGUUUCAUUUACUUGCUGCAAUAAUAUUUUCUUCAAGUUUUUUAUUCAAUCUGGAAAGAGGGCUUUUCUACAGUUCUAGGAACAUGUUUAUCUCUUUUUUUUACCCUCGUGUUGCUAGCUAUAUAUUCAGGAUGACGGAAGAAGAAAUUAACAUUGCACAUCCUGAACACAAAAACCAACUGGUUGAAUUUUUGCGAUCUGUGGAUGCAACCAAAUUUUAUAAUGAGUUGUGACAGCUUUGGAAAGUAACACAAGUAACAGGGCUGUCAUUAAAAUUUCAAGUUGCCGGGCUAAUGAUACAAAGUAGGUGGGGAACCCAACAGCUAGGGAUUUUGUUUGGUUCUAUUUUUCGUCUAUUUUCGUUCAAAAGUAGCGAGAGUCGCAUUCAUGAUAGGCGGAGAAAAUCCGCGGACCCUAGUCCUUUAUAGGGAGCUUAAGCGCCAGUGACGGCAUCGAGAACCUCAAAAAAGCAAUAGGCUUGUUACGCAAAACAACACAUUUGCAUGUGCAUCACACUUUUUUGUACAUUUCUUUGUCUUUCUCUGCACGACUACGAUGUGAAAAUGCAUAAUUUCACAUUUUAUGGAAGACGACAAGCAAAGACGAAUUUUUCUUUCUCUUUCUAAUUUUCGGUGUGGUCUCCAAGCAAUCAUCUCCAGGGAAAUUCACCCACUUUUGACAUUUCAAGAGAACUGGAAUAAAUGCAGAAAAGUUUGAAAAAACGCGAAUUCAUUUUAAAGUGACCUUUUCCCUGCUGUAGCUGUCAUUGGUGCUGAAGCUCUCUAAUGACAGCCCUGAAGAGAGUUGUUCCUAUGAUUUGUUUCUUAAUGAUGUGGUACUUUGUGAUGAUGAAAUUAAUGUUGCCUUUGUUUUACUCAGGCUGGAGGUAUGCAAGCCCUUGCUAUGCAUCUUGGGCACCAGAGUAACAGGCUUGUCCAGAACUGCUUGUGGACACUUCGCAACCUUUCAGAUGCUGCUACCAAAGAAGAUGGACUUGACAACUUACUUCAGAUGUUGGUACAGCUGCUGUCGUCCAAUGAUAUUCAAGUCGUGACAUGCGCAGCUGGUGUCUUGUCCAACCUGACAUGCAAUAACCCCAAUAACAAACAGCUUGUGUACAGGUUUGGUGGAAUUGAAGCCCUGGUGAGGACGUGCAUGCAGGCUGGAGACAGAGAGGAGAUCACUGAGCCAGCGGUAAGAUAGUUGGCUAUGUCUGCUGUCUUCGUCAUUCGUGGUUAAUUAAGAAUUGCAGUGUUACAAAAGCAGGGAGGGGAAAGCUACGGUUUCCUCUUUUAAAGUCUGUAAAAUGUCAGAAAGGCCCUUUAGGGCAAAGUAUCUCAACUAAUUUUGUCGCUGUUUGUAGUUACAUUUUAGUAGAGGUGGUCUAACACUUUAUGCUCCUUUCAGGUCUGUGCGCUGCGCCAUCUAACCAGCCGUCAUGAGGAUUCUGAAAAAGCCCAGAAUGCAGUUAGGGUUCAUUUUGGCUUGCCAGUCUUAGUAAAACUGCUGUACCCACCAUCCCGUUGGCCGCUCAUCAAGGCUGUUAUUGGUCUCAUGCGAAAUCUUGCCCUUUGCCCUCUCAAUCAUACUCCGAUCCGUGAGCAUGGAGGCUUGCCACAGCUUGUUCAACUUAUGAUGCGUUCUCAUCAAGAUAUGCAGAGGAGACCUGGGCAGAGUGUGGUGAUUGAUGGUGUCAGAAUGGAAGACAUUGUUGAUGGGUGUGUUGGCGCACUCCAUAUUUUAGCACGAGAGGCACACAACAGAGCUGUUAUACGAAGUCUCCAUUGCAUUCCACUGUUUGUUCAGGUAGUUAAUACAUUUUUUGGCAGGGAUUUACCAUUAGUAAAUUUGUAGACAGUUAAGAAUGAGGAUUUUUCAGGGAAUUUGGAGAAUUUCAGUUCCAAAAAUAUGCUAGUGCAUUUUUAGGUCUGCUAGCUUGAUAUUUUGAUUUGUUUUCUAGACGAUCUUCAAUUCAUCAAUUUAAAAAAUUAUAUUAUAAACUAGCUUUCUCAGGGUGCAAAGAAAGUUAGGCAGGCUUUAACUACCAUGUACUAGCCCAAAAUUGAUUUGAUCUCGCCUGAAACGGGGAUUGCAAUAUUAUUCUUCUGUAAUUUGAAUUCCCCUAAAAACUUCACUUUUCCAUUGGGAAAGUUAAGAACCGAAUUCACUAGCCCAAUAGCAAAAUCCUCAAGCCCCAUGUAAUCGGAGACUACUUCCUUUCCACACUGCAUUUUCUGUCUAUCUAUACUUUGAAAAUUUACCUGGUGGAAAUGCUAAAAUAUAAUUGGUCUGUGAGUUCUGUUAGUGUGGGUACAUUUUUAAAACAAUGUAAUAAGACAAUGGUCCUUUCUGUUUUCAGCUACUAUACUGUCCCAUCGAGAACAUCCAGCGUGUUGCUGCGGGAGUGCUCUGUGAACUAGCCCAGGACAAAGAAGGCGCUGAAGCCAUAGAAGCUGAAAAUGCCACCGCUCCUCUAACCGAUCUGCUUCAUUCAAGAAAUGAGGGUAUCGCUGCUUAUGCUGCUGCAGUGCUUUUCCGUAUGUCUGAAGAUAAGUCACAAGAUUACAAAAAACGGUUGUCAGUGGAGCUGACGAGUUCUCUCUUCCGAGAUGAUGCCCCUUGGCCUGAGGUAAGGAGUGUAUUGUCAGUGGUGAAUGUUGAAGUAUCAACUCUUUAAACGCUAAGAGUGAUCAGCAUCAAAUUUUUCCUUGUAAUAUCAAUGCUUUGUAAAACAGAGUGGUCAUGAGAAUUAUGGACAUGAUCACACAAGAUGAAUUUGCUUGAUAUUUUAUCAACUUCUCCCCCCUACCUCUGUAGGAAAUGAAUAGGGGCAACAAAUAAGAAUUCAAAUUUUGAUCUUAGUGUUCAGUGUGUUAAUAAUUGUUUAAGCCCCAACGGUGACUGGCAUCAACUUUCUCCUAACACUGUCUAUAACAAAAAACUAAAAAAACUGUGCUCUAUCUAUCAAAGAGUUAUUUUUCUUAGAGCACAGCCAUGUACACCCUUCUUGACUAUAGUUCUUGACCAAAUCCCCUAGUCUUUGCACACUAACUUAAGAGGUUUUUUUUUGUUUUCUUUCUUCAGCCAAUGGAUGGAGACUUCCAUGACCCAAAUUACAAUAUGCCGCCUAUAGGCUAUGGUUAUCCUCACGAUGGCUUUGACUACAAUCAGCCGAUGGAUUAUUCUCACGACCCAGGUUAUGACUUCCACCAAGGGGACCCUGCUUUGCAACCUCUUGCACACCCCCCUCCUCGAGGGGGAACCUGGUAUGACACAGAUUUGUGA